AUGGUUAGUAGGUUCAUGGGUGAUUCUGGUAAGGAGCACUGGCAGGCAAUCAAGAGGAUCUUUCGUUACCUUAGAGGUACGUCUGACAUUGGUCUUAUCUAUGGGAAUGAUACUCAGUGUUUAAUCACUGGUUAUUCUGAUUCUGAUUAUGCUGAAGAUGUUGACAGUAGGAGGUCAAUAACUGGUUACGUAUUUACUACUCUUGGCCAUUCUGGCGUUAGUUGGAAGGCUACAAUUACUUUAUCUACUACUGAAGCAGAGUUCAUGGCGUUGACAACAGCCGCUAAAGAGGGGAUAUGGCUGAAAGGACUAGUUAGUGAUCUUGGUUUAGAUCACAAUCAGACUAUUUGUGUAUUGUGA